CCGCCGCUGACAUCGUCGGAAAAAGAAAAGCAAAACACCCGCAGGCAGAGGCGCAAGAUGACCAACGACCUAGAGGCCGAGCUCUUGGAGAAAGACGACGCGCUCUUGACCGAGGAGCAGCUCGUGAUCAAACGCAAGGCCCAGAACCGGCUAGCCCAGCGCGCCUUCAGAGAGCGCAAGGAGUCCAAGUUGAAGGAGCUCGAGUCCAGGCUCCUCGCAAGCGAGGGCGAACGGCAGAGGUUGCUCGAGGCGCUCGACGAAGUCAGGCUGCAGUUCAUCUCCGUCAAGACCGAAAACCAGGUCUUGCGCUCGAACGCCUCCAGCCACACGGGCGACAUGCAGCAGAGCUCGAGGUUCACGUUCCCGCAGUCGCAAAAGGCGUUUGUCCAGCAGAUGAUGGAUGGACAGGAACACCACGUGGUCAAUGCCGAUACCGUCAGCAAGAUCUACGACGAGCCCCAGCACCCAGGCCAGAAAGUGCUUGCUGUGGGCGCGGUCUGGGACUACUUGCUGAUGAAGAUCGAGGAGGAGGAGUACGAGAACAUCGACAUGGCGGAGGUCAUGCAGGCCUUGAAGGGGAACGAGAUGUGCCACGGCUAUGGGCCGGCGUAUUCGCUACUGGUGGUGGACGCGGCGCUCCAG